CCACGACGUCCAUCGCAAGCAGACGCCGACGCAAGGGACAGGUGUCAGUCAACAUUUUGUCGACAUGGACGACCCUUGGUAUAAUGCCUUUGUUCCCAGGGCUACUCGGGCUCCCUCAAAGCCUGAACCUGCUAAGCAUGCCCGCCGCAAGUCGCUGCUCCAGCAACCCAGCGAGAGCCAUGCUGACGUUGGUCGAGCAGACGGUACGGUAGACACCAUCCAGGAAACCGUGGAGGAGAACCAAGGGCCCCCGGCGGCCACUGUUGCUAGACGCGCCAAGUCGUACAGCGACUUCUAUAACGUGGUGCGAGCACACGUCAAGAAGGAAAAGGAGUUGGAGAGGAGGAAAAAUCAGGAAGUUAUAGCCAGCGAACUGCAGUUUGCGGAAUGGUACAGUACCCUCAGUGAGGAGCUGCUGGAUGCCAGCCAUGAGGAGUAUAAGCUUUAUCACGAUCAGCUUUAUCUGACGCGCACCCAUCUUGACCGCAUAAUAUCCGAGACCUCUGCUACAUUAGACUUGCUAUCCUCCCUCUCCGAUUCCUUCAAGGCCGUCGAAACUCAGACCACUGCAUUCCGGACACAAUGUGAAGGACUCAUUAAUGACCAGCAACGCAUCACACAGCUGGCGGAUGACAUGGAACAGAAUCUCCGAUACUACUUGUAUCUCGAGCCUAUCACGAAGCGGCUCAAUGCACCAGGUGCGGGUAACACUGUGCGUGGGAAGGAGUUUUCCGACAUGCUCUCGAAUCUGGACAGCUGCUUGGAAUAUAUGCAAGCUCACCCGAACCACAAGGAGUCUGCUACGUACCGCUCCCGGUAUCGUCUACUCCUUACGAGGGGCUUGACGCUUAUACGUGUUCAUUUCACGAAUUCGCUUCGCGAGAUUGCUGCAGAUGUAUCGAAACGAAUUGCAGACCGGCAACUGAACGACACAACCAUGUCUACGCUUUUGUACGCGAAAUUCCGUGUGGGAGCUCCGGAGCUGAAGAGGAUUGGUCUAGAGAUCCAAAAGCGCGCGGUCGUUGCCGUAGGGGCUGAGCCUGGUACAGAAGCGGAGUACCAAAGUCUGAUGAAUGAACUGUACCAGAGCUACUCUGCUACUCGUGGGCGCCUCAUUUUUCCUAUCGUGACCAAGAAAAUUGGGGAGAUCGCACAAGCUCCAAGCACAUCAAAGGAUCUGGUGUCCUUCGCUCGCAGCAGUAUCAGCUACAUCCGUGGCAUUUGCUUUGACGAGUAUGCGCUGUGGGGCGAAUGGUUCGAAGGCGAAGGCGGUCUCUAUGACUUUCUGGAGGCCAUAUGCGAACCGUUGUACGAUCACCUGCGACCUAGGACUAUCCAUGAGACACAGAUCCUCAAGCUCUGCGAGCUGUGUACACUGAUUCAAACGCGGUAUAUGGAAGAGGAAGAGGACGACGAGGAGCAAUCCCCAACUGAGGACAAUAAGCUCGACUUCACAAGGUUGGUCCAGCCUGCACUUGAAGACGCUCAGACACGGCUUGUGUUCCUUUCUCUUGCCAUACUGCGAGACGACAUUGAGCGGUACAAGCCCAAACCGGAAGAUCUCGACUAUCCUGCAAAACAUAAGAAGCAAAUGCUGUCCGGCACGAAGUCCAGUGCACCAGUUCUCUCGGGCAAGAAGGCAUCUCAGCUGGACGUCCCCGCCAAUCCACAGUUGCCGAAAACUCCAAUGGUUGUCGAGGCGGAUGAUCCCGAUGCGCCUUACAACUUCAGCACGGAGGCCGCGUUCAAAGACUGGUAUCCCACACUUCGUAAGGCGAUUUGGCUACUCAGUAAAAUCUACCGCCUCGUACACUCUUCAGUCUUCGACGACCUAGCCCACCGCAUCGUCCACGGCACCACCCUCAGCCUCGCCCAUGCCAGCACCCUCCUCUCCAAAUCCGCCUCUCCUACCGAUGCCGCCCUGUUUCUGAUCUCGCACCUCCUCCUCCUGAAGCAGCAGAUUGUCGCCUUCGACAUCGAAUUCGUAACACCCGAGACGGAAGUGCAUUAUGACCUCUCCACCAUCACAAACACCUUCUGGGAACUGAGAUCCAGAGGCGGCCUCUUCAAUCCUCGGAAUCUAGUAGGCCUGCUGAUUCCAAAGGUGGUGGAAAACAUGCUCGAUGCCAAAGCCGAAGUCGACACGCGCCUCCGCCAGGCCAUCAACGACUUCACAAGCCAAUUCGUCGGGAGGAUGACGGCGAGUCUCGACAUGCAGAAAUAUGCGCCCGAUGGGAAAGCCAAGGCUCCACCGCGUUUCCAACCGGGCGAAGCGGCUACCCGCGCAAAUAAAGUCCGCACGGCGAUCACGCGCGAGACGCCUUUCCUCCGUGCGAAAUUGGAGGAAUAUAUCUCCGACGCGCGGACUCGCGAAAUGCUCGUCGCGGCUGUGAUGGAGAGCGUUACGCAGGUGUACGAAGACUGGUUCGAGGGCGUGUACAUUCCUUCGCUCGAGAACGGGGUAAAUGGCGCGGGGAGAGGUGUUAGCGCAAAGGGCAAGGGGAGAGAAGAUGAUGUUUGGGAUCCGGAGGGGUUUGCCGAGUGGUGUUCUGGAGUGUUUAAGGUGGGGCUUUUGGGGCUGGGGUUAGAGUAUGGGGAAGGGGAGGGGAUGGAGGAGUUUGAGGAGGGGAAUGGGGUUGAGAGUGAGAGGGGGAGUGAAGGGGGUGGCAGUGAGAGGACCGGCAGGACGGGGACGACAGGGAUUAGGAUUAGGAUGUAA